ACAAACUUAACUGAUUAGAGAGCGGGUUAUUUUAAAUUACUGAGCAGUUAGGGUUGGAGGAGAGAAUCAUCUGGAGAUGAUUCGGUCAGCCCAGAGCUGGUGACACAGCGACGCGUCCAGGUGGAUUUGGAAUGCUUCCAGAGAGGGAGACUCCACGACUUCCCGGGGGAAGCCGACAGCAAGGCACCUGGCUCUUGGCAAGACAUCUGAUACUGCACCAGCAAAAGACUGUCCUGCAACACUACCUACAUAAAAGCUGGCUGUAGUAAAUUAAGCUUUUAAAAAGCUGUUAUUCCUGAAAAUGGAUUUUCAGUUUAAUUUUGCCGUUGAUGAAAAUGAGAACAGCGAGGCAGAUGCUCACUUCUUACUGCUGUGCUCUCCAAAAGACAAGCAGGAACCCAGAGAAAAGAGCAGGGAAGCUGCCAAUCCUGCAGCAGACUCCAGCCCGAGGCUGGAUGCUGCUAAACACCGGGAUGAGGCAGCUUCGAAGAAAAAUCUCUGUGUGAAAGCUGCCAAGGAACACAGCAUUCCCGAAGAUCUCAACAAAGUAUUGGAAAAUAAAGUCAUGGAAACAGUAUUGGACCUGCUUCACGUAAAGCUGUCUGUAGUGGAAAUGACAUGUUCGGGUGAUGCUGACAGUGAAGGCAUCAUAUCCAAAAGUGUUUCUUCUCACUCUGAUCUCAUCCCAGGAGUCUAUGAAGGAGGGCUGAAAAUCUGGGAAUGCACCUUUGAUCUCAUGGACUACUUUUCCGAGGCUGAAAUAGAGUUUACCAACAAGACUGUACUGGAUCUUGGCUGCGGGGCUGGAUUGCUGGGAAUUGCUGCUUUGCGGGGUGAAGCUGCCAGAGUCCAUUUUCAGGACUACAACAGCACAGUGAUUGAUGAAAUAACCUUGCCUAAUGUGGUGGCCAACUGUACCAGGGAAGGCAGGAGGAUGAGCAGUGGGAAGGACAGAAAAGCCAGCAAGCCUCCUUCAAAGAGGCCCAGGAAAGCAGAGGGCUCACCUGAUGUGCUCAACAAAUGCAGAUUUUUUUCUGGAGAGUGGUCUCAAGUCAGCCAGCUCCUGUUAAACAGCAACAAACCCUGUUCAAAGUAUGAUAUAAUUCUAACCUCUGAGACCAUCUAUAAUCCUGACUACUACAGUGCUCUGCAUGACACACUGGCCCAGCUCUUGGAUAGAAAUGGCCGUGUGUAUUUGGCAAGCAAAGUGCAUUAUUUUGGAGUUGGUGGUGGUGUCUAUCUCUUCGAGAAAUUCAUUGAAGAGAGAAACAUGUUUAAAACCAGGAUGGUUAAAACAAUUGAUCAGGGUCUGCAGCGAUGCAUUAUGGAAAUUGUCUUUAAAAAUUAAACUACUAAUUCUACAAAAACUCAAAAAAA